AUGGAAGACAGCGAGCUUUUGAAGCCUAAAGAUGGCCCCCUGAGCCCGACACCGAACGAAGCGUACCUCUAUUCAGUAGACAAGAAGCAGUGCAGUGGCAUCUACGCCAACAGCACCAUGACUGGGCUAUUGUGUGCUACGGGCCCCAGCAGAGAUAUCUGCGAGGUAUCGCUGCAGCCGGUCAUAGAAGUGGCUGCGGGAAUGGACCAGGAGUGUACGUCGAGGUGGUGCAUCUUCUUCGGUGGAUACACCAAGUCACCAAGCUACCCACAGCAUGAUCAGUUCUUGCACCUUCCAGUAUCCACCUUCAAGCUUCCCCACGAAACGUCGUCCACCGAAGCGGAGCUUGUAGCCAUUCACGAAGCACUGAAGCUUGUAUCCGCUCGUCCACCUGGAAGCUGGACAGUCCUCACAGACAGCAAGUUGGCGCUGGAGGCACUGUCUUCGCCUCGCUCGCAAGUGGUUACUGACGUCCGCUCACUGAUCCUGGUUGUGCACAACCUCCUCGUCACCUCCGGCCACUCCGUGUGGUUUCAGUGGGUGCCAAGCCACAUUGGCUUGCCGGGAAACACACGUGCCGACACAGCAGCGAAGCGCGCUCAUGGCGCAGCUGAGUGCAACACUGUCAUCCCGUUAUCACCAUCCGUCUGCCGCAUACACAUCCGCCGGCGCCUUUCCUUCGUCACCCACCCUUUCAUGGAAAACACUGUCGCAGUCAACACCUUCCUCCACCGCAUUGACCCGAAGAUGGCCUUCAGUGUGUCGCUACGGCUGUCUCGAAAGGAAGAGUCAGCUCUGCAUCGUCUUCGCCUGAAUGUCGCCCGUACUCCAUCGUUCCUGUUCAAAACCAAGCAGCGUCCCUCUUCGGCGUGCCCCUCCUGCUCCACCGACGCCGACACCCAUCAUUUGCUCAUGACCUGCCCAAGAUAUGCCGCUCCUCGGACCGCACUCACGCGCCGCCUAUCUGCCGUGGGGCACAGAGACCUGUCUUUGGCCACCCUACUGGGCCCCGUAGGGCAGAAGCAAUGGGCUGUUACCAAAGCGCUCAUAUGCUUCCUGGGUGACACUGGGCUCCUGGACUGCCUCUGA